CUCCUCUUACGUCACAUGGCCAUGACGCGGAACGGGAAGGGGAGUGUAGGCGGCGCGCGUGCCAUUUUACUUUCAUCUCUUCUUGUUUCUCUUCACUAUCAUCAUCAUCAUCAUCAUCAUCAGCAUGCCAGCUCCUCUGCUCGGAGAUGUGUUCCCAGACUUUGAAGCCGAGAGCACCAUCGGGACCCUCAGACUCCAUGAACACCUGGGAGACUCCUGGGGCAUCCUGUUCUCUCACCCCCGUGACUACACGCCCGUCUGCACCACCGAGCUAGGACGAGCUGCAGCGGCCAGUCCAGAGUUCACCAAGCGCAACGUAAAGAUGAUCGCUCUGUCCAUCGACAGUGUGGAGGAUCACCACGGCUGGAGUAAAGACAUCCUGGCCUACAAUAAUGACGAGACGGUCUCCACGUUCCCGUUUCCCAUCAUAGCGGAUUCUAAGCGUGAGCUGGCUGUGGAGCUGGGCAUGCUGGACCCUGACGCGAAAGACCAGGCCGGAAUGCCGCUAACCGCCCGAUGCGUGUUCGUGAUUGGCCCCGAUAAGAAGCUCAAGCUGUCGCUCCUCUACCCGGCCACCACGGGGCGCAACUUCGACGAGAUCCUGAGAGUGAUCGAUUCCUUGCAACUGACGGCGUACCGGCGAGUGGCGACCCCUGUAGACUGGAAGCCUGGGGACCGGGUCAUGGUUCCACCGAGCAUCCCUGAGGAAGAAGCCAGGAGCCUGUUCCCUGCUGGAGUCUACACUAAAGAGCUUCCGUCUGGGAAGAAGUAUCUGCGCUACACCCCACAACCUCGGACAAACCACAACCACAACUCAGAGGACCAAAGAACUGGACGAGACCAAACUACGGAAACUAUAGAACUCGCUCUCUGAAGAACGAAGAUGAAUCGCCAACCGAUCGCCUUUGAGAUACGUGACAUAAAGACGACGUGAAACAGAAAUCCUAUUGCCUUUUUACACUGGAGUGCAAAAGUUUGUAUACCCUUAUGACAUUACAACCUCGUUCAGUUUAAAUGGUAUACGAUAUAUAAUAUGUAUACAGUAUAUAAUACAGUAUCGACAAAAGAAUUGGGACACCUGACUUUCCUUGAACUAGAACUAGGAGACCCAAACCUGUUUCUAAAUUACAAUACACACAAACCC